AUGAAUGACCAUCCAAGCGCUUUGUCCAGAGCAGAAGCUGGGAGGCAUUCUAGGAGGCUCUGCGAUGUUUUGGGGGUGGCUGCCUUUGCUGGCUUUGAGGUACCAGAGCAGAUGCCCCAACCCUUCUACCAGGACCGCGGUGUCGCCCAGGCCUACCAGCCCCCAAGUGCCAAAGCUGCGUUGCCAGGGGCGUGGGCACUGCCGCAGAUGCAGCCUUCACAAGCUUGUCCUGCAUCGGUGCAGUUUCAGGUGUCUCCAGAAAUGCGGCAUCAGCAGAUGCAGCAGAUGGUGGCGGGAAAAGCACCAGAGAGAACACCUGAACCGCCGGCACCACCGGAUACAGAAGUGGUCACCGAGCCAACAUCCCGCUUGGAGGUGCCUGCAGAUGCCAACUGUGGGGGCACAGCAUUCCCGACGCCACGGAGCACCGAGGUCCCUCCGGACCGCAGCGACGAAGGUGAAGUGGAUCGAACUGAGGAGCAGAGGUCCCGCCUCAGCGCCAGCGCUGCUCGCCGCCUCCGCCGGAAGCGCGCCGCUGAGCGCGCACAGCGCGAGGCCGACCUCGCUCUUCCUGGUACCAUAUUUCCCGAACACUGCGAGCAGCUCCGAGAGCAGCUACAGAACGGCAGCGGAGAUGUCCGAGACAUCAUUCGUCGCCUUCGUGGACAGGUUUGGUCGCUCUCGCGAGAUGCUCAUGGUUGCCGACUAGUCCAGCAGGUCCUCGAGAUGGCUGGUCAGCGUGAUGCCUUCGACGUGGCCAAGGAGCUGGAAGGUCACAUCUUGGAGGCCGUAAUGUGCCCUCACGGCAACUAUGUUGUGCAGAAGAUUGUGUCCCAGCUUUCUGUGGCCUCCAGCGACUUCGUCGUGCGAGAGCUUCAAGGUUCUGUGGUGCGAGUUGCAAAGCACCGCUUUGCUUGCCGGAUCCUGUGCCGCUUGCUAGAGUUCAGCGGGUCGAGUGCUCGCACGAUCGAGCUCGUGGACGAGCUGCUUCAGGAAGCGGGCCCUUUGUGUUGUCAUAGCUUCGCGCACCAUGUAAUCCAGUCUGUACUGGAACAUGGGCUGGACAAGCACAAGGAGAUCAUUGCACAAGCUCUGAAUGCGGACCCGAUGAAAUUCGCAACACACAAGAAUUCCAGCUAUCUCAUCGAGAAAGCCCUGUGCUACUGCUCCGCAAGCGACCAGAACACGCUUAUUGCACAGCUCAGCCCGCCAGAAACUCUUGUCGAGUUGGCGUUCGCGCCAUACGGUUGCUACGUGGCGAAGGCAAUCCUAUCUUUGGAUGACGGUCAGGUCGACAAGUUGACGACCAAGAAAGAACUCUGGAAACAGCGCAGGGAGCUUGAACGCCUUAGGCACGGCCAUCGUCUCUUGGAGGAGCUGGGACUGAUCGAUGCUGGCGAAGAGGGUGCAGAGUAG